UUUAUUAGACGCUUUAUAUCGGGUUGAUGAGCCUCAAACAUUUGUAUUAUACAAACCACUUUACUCUCGGUUUGUCCGGAUCAAUAUUUUGGAACCAUUGACACAAAACCUCAGUUGUCUACGAAUCGAGUUAAGCGGUUGCCGAACAAAGGGUCGUUCUUAUGUUCCGGUAACGGCAUACGAAAGUAUUCAGCGGACAAGUUUUCAUAAAAAUGCUUCAAUGUUGUCACUUAUAUCACCAGUGUCAACAGAUGCUGUACUUACAAGCUUUGGCUAUCCAUUCGGCUACAGAAAUGGGGAAAGUUACAAAUGGAUAAUUCAGUUUGAUGAUACCGAGUUCAUCAAAUUAAUAUUCACGAAAGUUUCAUUACACAUUGAUCAGCUUCAACAGGGGACCGACUUUUGUGAAGACAGAAUUCUCUUUAAUGAAGAACUUUACGUGUAUUAUAUAAAUUCAGUCAAAUUAGCGUUAAUUGGUAAACAUUUGGCACCAAAGAGGAACUUUAGAGAAGCAAAGAGCAAUUUUACAAUUGACGCUUUCUACAAUGGAAGAACAUUUAUGAUAGAGACCAGUGUAUCAUACCUAACAGUAACAUUUACAACAUGUCGACGCUUUGGCGAGUUGCUUUACAGGGGUCAAGGGUUCCGAGCAUUAGUCUUAAUGCAAGAUAUACCUGCUUGCUUUUCGCUUGACAAUUUCAAACCAGUGAGCGAUGAACAUAUAGAAACAUGUGAUAUGUUAGUCAUGUCGUUGUCGUCGAUGUCAUAUUUUGGUAUCGAUUUUCAUGGAACUAUUGAAAAAUGGAUUAUCAGCUUCUCGAGAGGCUAUCUACGAUUUGAAGUUUUACAUUUUGACGUAAGAUGUGAUACAGGGUCGACAUUCGUAAUAAUUGACAGGUUUGCCAGUGAAAAGAAGUUUUGCAAUCUUAACAUGGCCCUUCGCAUAUUCUAUACAUCCUCUAGUUGGGUGAAUGUAACCUUUGUAAAAUAUAGCGCAAAAUCGAGAGAGUCUUUUCGCCUUCUGUACUACACUGUACGUGACAAACUCCCUGAAACAAUGACAACAAAGGCCGCAAACAUACCUGAAAUUUAUACUAGUAUAGCAAGGGAAGCAUUUGAGACUAAAGAUAAAGAACUAUCUAGAGAAAUCAAGGCAACCGGACGAGAGGAAGAUGGGAAUAUUCGGUUCAAAGGUUACUGUUUUGGCGGUAACGAGCAUCUACCGGGAACCAUUAAAAUAGUUACCAGAGAGCCGGAUAUACUCAUCAGCAUCUAA